AUGGUAAAAACUCGACACCAGUACACAAUGGAACAACAAUCAAGUAAUGCAAACAUGGAUACACAGACACAUUCAGACACAGAAAUUAAUACAGACACGCAAACACAUCAAAAUAAUCCGCUACAGACACAAAUAAACGCCGAGAGGAGCAAUUCAGAACCAAACCUGAGAGACCACGUCACGUCUAAUGACGCGGCGGGGGCAAGCUCAUUUUGCAAUCAAAAUUUUGGCGCUAUACUGAAUUCAAUUUUGGAAGGCAUAUCCAAUAUUAAGCAAGAUAAUGACGAAAAAUUCUCACAAUUAAUGACAGACAAUGCAGCCUUCAGGAAUGACAUAAAAUCAGACUUCGCCACACUGACUCAAAAGGUAGAUGAAAUUAAUACACGUCUUUCCAAACAGGUCGACGAUCUUACGGAAAAAUUCGAAAAUUUAGAGUUACGACAAAGCGACAAUGCCAAUCACAUCCAUGACUUGACAAAAACCUGUGAAACUAUUAAUUGCAAACUAGAAUCAAACACGCACGCAUGUGACGAAAUUAAUUUAAAGGUACAACCCAAUAGUACACCCACUACACAUUUUUACACACACAGAAGAAAAUCUCGAUUCGGGAAUGAACACAUGUACUCACACGAAUUUCAACACUCAAAUACACAAUACACUGACACGCAUAGCAACAGAUACCCAUCACCUGAAAUACAAUACAAUUAUCAUUCUGAUGAAGAACCAUGUACACACAGGGAAGAAUUCAAUGAUUACACGGAAAGAAACAGACGAACACGUAACAAAGAAGAAGAAAGUCUAUUCAAGCACCAACAAGAACCAACACACAACUCAUGCAGUAGGAAUCAACAUGUCUACAUUGCUACAUUACCAAACACACAGCAAAAUUCACAACACACAGUAAACAUGCAAAACAGUCACCACAACUCACAGCUGCACACAAACAACAACUACAACUAUACACAGGGAGAUAACCCGUACAAAAAACGAAGAAACAACAAUUUUAAUUCAAGAAGCAAUAAUGGAAACAACAACGGACACAAAGCAAAACACAAACACUGGCAAAGAAACAACAACACAGAUUACACAAGAAAUGGAACACUUACACCGCACUUUAAUCAGAACGACAACCAGUAUGAUGUGAGACAGUGGCAAACACCGCAACCGCCACCACAAAAUCAUAUUCAGAUGCCACAAGGGAAUUUUGCGCAAACAAGCAACACAAACCAACAAGUGACUUCAGCCAACCGAAAACAGACAGGUGAUUGGCAAAGACAAUAUCCAAAUCCCUUAGCAGAGUAUGCUGAUACAAAAACAAGACAAGCUGACAGACUAAAUGACUGGAGACAAUUGCUGCUCUGA